GUUGCCGGAGGCGCCCAGUCUCCCUAAACCACCCCCUCCGCCUGACAUAUUAGCAAUUUUUCCGGAGGAAAGAUAAGCAACUCUGUCAGCACUGACUCAUGGCACCGAUGAGGUGCCAUCCAGCCAGCCCCACGGCUCCACAGACCCACCAAAGUCGUUCCGGGACACUCUUCUUGAUGGCUUGGCAAAUAAAAUGCCACCGCUGGCUAUUUGGAAAUGCUAGAUUAUUGAAAGAAUGGAGAACAGAACAAGAAUAUGAGGUCAUCGAUGUUGGUAUGGGAUAUUUCAUUGUACGAUUUGCCAUGCCGGUAGACUGCUCCAGAAUCUUAACAGGAGGCCCAUAUAAAUUUUUUGACCACUACUUGGCCAUCCAGCCAUGGGAACCAAGCUUCCAUCCGGUGAGAGAGAAAGCCCCGAAGACUGCAGUUUGGGUUAAGUUGCAUGGCGCGCCAUCAAUGUGUUUUCAUGAAGCCAUUGUCCUGUACCUCGCCAGUAAAUUGGGCAAGCCAAUCAAAGUGGAUAGCGUUACCCUGUUGGGCGCAAGGGAGAAAUUCGCUAGAGUUUGUGUGGAAGUUGACCUCAGUCAGAAGCUACCAUCAACACUCGACCUGGAUCCGGAGGAGUUACCCCAAACCAUGGUUUUGGUAGAGUAUGAAGGCUUACACAGGAUUUGUUUUCAUUGUGUAGAAUUUGGUCACACAGAAGACUAUUGUCAUUACAAGCAUCCAGGAAAGACAAUCUCCACAGGGAAUCCAAAUGCCCAAGCAAUGAUCGAACUCACCCAAGCUUUAAAGCCGAAUAUGGCUGAGAACAACAUGGAGCCGACAAGGAACAGGAAGCCUGAUCAGCCCACUAAAGUUUCGGCCUCUUUGCAAGCUAUCCUGAGAAUCAUGGUGAAACCAAGGGGAGUGGAGAAUGGUAAUGGGGCAAAAUCCUCACAACAGAAUCGCUUUGCAAUUAUGGAGGAUUUGAUCGAUGAGGAAACCGAUCUCAUAGGAGCAAUUAAAGGGAAGGAGGUGAUAGAGGCUGGAAACUCCGAAAAUUCAAGUGGAGACUCACUUGCAAUGGACAUCACCCAUUCCCCAGUCCUUGAAGCCCAGCUGUCUAGCCCAACCCACCAAGAGGUUAGUAAAUCGACUGCUCUCCCCCUAGUUCCACCACCAACCCUAGAUAGUUCCUCUGUUAAACCUAAAUCAAAACUGUCUAAAAAGAAGACCAAGACACUAGGCCCAGUUCCUAAAGAAAGCAAAACUAGUGCUCCAAAGCCUUACGACCCACCGACAGUAUCUAAGAAGCAAUCUGACUCCUCCCUGGUGCCAUCAUCCACCCUACCACCAGCAGGAAUUUCUUCUAAUGUUUCCAUCGGACAAGCUGCACCUACUAUGCCACCACCGACACAACAAGCCGCCACUACAUUACAGAUGCUGCCUUCAAUCCAAGUUGCCCCAAUGAGUCUCCUUGAGACUCCAUCCACUCCAAACUUGUCCCAAGCAGGGAAGCCAUCCUUGACAUUGAGGCCAGACCAAAAUCUAGUGGCUAAUCAUACAUCACAGCUAACUAGACAAGUGCCUCCUCUGGUUUCAGCUAAUUGGGUGGUAAUGGGAGAUUUCAAUUAUAUACUCUUGGUUGAUGAGGCAUUCCCAAAGGCCACAAAGCAUUUUGUGAGAGCCCAGCGUUUCAGAGAUAGGCUCUCAAGUUGUGGACUACACUCUACAAAACCUUUGGGGUGUAAGUACACUUGGCUACGCAAACAAAAUAGGAGAGUCCUAUUAAGGGAACGACUAGAUAGGGCUCUCUUCAAUAUGUUGGCACUUGAAGCUUUCCUUAACACCAAAGUGAUUAACCUCCCCUGGCUUUGCAGUGACCACCAUCUAGUGUUGCUCUACUUAGAAGCAAAUUUGCAAAGAGACAUGAUCUCCAAACCUAUCCGAUUUGAGGUUGCAUGGUUAACUCAUGAAGAUUUUAAACUGACUUUCAAAAGUGCAUGGGCUUCACACAGGUCAUCAAUAAUCAUUGCCAUUAAGUCAAUUCAAGAGGCAUGCUUGAAAUGGAAUAAGGAAGUAUUUGGAAUCACCUGGAGUGCCGCUAAUGGAGGAGUCAUUAUGCCAGUGAUUGCAACAUCAACACGUAACUCAUACAUUUUAACAUCCAUAACUGAUAUGGCAAUCUCCAAUAAGAAAUUUCCAGAUCCUCUGAGCCUCUCCUCUUAGGUUUCUAGUCCCGAAACUGAGAAUGUGUUCCUCAUAACCAUCACGGAACUCUUAAGUAUACUGUAUAACACCAGAGCCAGAGGGAUGGAUUAUUUGAUUGAUGUAACUUUUUUUAUCUUAGCUUUUGUCCAGAAACAAGAAAUCAACCAUGAAGAUCACAGUAUAAUAAUAACAACAUGUAAAGAUAUUUGUUAUGUUUCAACAACAACUCUUAGGCUCUAGAAGCAAAAUAAAAUGAGCACUUACAC